AUGGAAGACGCCCUCCGACCAAGCAAAGAAGCCUUUGAAUACACCCUCCGCGCGAGCUACCAGCUAUGGUCAACCCAUUUCAACACCAAUGAUAGCUGCCUUCCGUUGGAGUGUAUCAAACUAAAACCCCUUCUUAAAGACACGCCUGCCUUUUGCGCUGAUGAACUGAUUCCAUCAGACAAGGUGCUCUCAUUUGCUUGUGCUAAAAGUCGUGGAAAACUGGAAAUAAAAGGGAAGUCGAGAUGGCGGACAUCCAGGGCUGAAGCCCGAAAGGUGAAGCUGUCUAAGGGCGCCCCUCUGUCGCAAUGGCCCGGUGUGCGUGGUAUCUCUGGUUACGAUGAGGGUAACUACAUCACCGUCUUGUUCUUGGCUUGGGCAUACAUCCUAUCUGCGAAAUGGGCAGAGUUACUCGACCGCUCCGAGAUGCACUAUUGUUCAACGAAAUACUCAUCUACACGUCAAGAGUCUGAUGAGUCAGUUAAACCGGAAGUGAUAGCGAUCGAUUUGCCUCCAGACGCAGCCGAAGUAGAAAUUGUCUGGUGGAACGCUAUACUCUGGAACACCAGCGUGAGAAAUAUUCGUGGAAUACGAGUCCGACAAAUUUGUCUCGCCAUGUCGACAACCUAUAACCCCCCAUCAUCAACAAAAGCCUUCCAAUACCUCAUCCGCUUCUGCAACCACCACCGUAUCUACGCGCAAUGCACAUCAGCACUAUCAGCAUCAUUUUUCACGUGCGACAUAUUCCUCCGCAAGCCAUCGAUCCUCCCAAUCCCCAAACCCGCCAACAACCCCGGGUAUCACUCAACCCCAACAAGCCCCCAAACGAUCUCUCUGAUCUCCAAACACAAAAAGCUCCUCCCAGACUACAUGACUCUAAGCAGCAAGAUGGGGAUUACUACAAUACCAGCAAUGAAAAGCAUCUUCGUCAUGGGUUGUGGAUGUCAUGUUUUGGAAUAUGAGAAUUGGUCUUGGGAGCUUUGGGAUGGGUCGAGGAUUGAGGAUACCGGGGUGGAGGCACGGUUUGGCUUGCUUUCGAGCUCUACGCCUGCGACUGUUUCUUCGUGUUUGUCUUGUCCUAAACCAGGGCUUUCAUUGGACUCUCACAUUAUUAAACUAGGCGCUCCAAAUGUGUUAUAG